AUGGUUGCAUUUAAUAUUGGAGAAGGUUCAUUUCGACCAGGAAAUGAGUUCAGGGCUAAAAACGAUGCUUUCAAUAUAUUAAUUGGAUCAAAACAAUUGUUAGGAAAAUAGCUAGAUGACCAAGUUAAGGAAAAAGAUGAUGGUGAUUAUGAUAAUGGCAUAACUAUUACAAGUUCUACUGAUGAUAAUAAACCUUAAAUUGAUGAAACAAAAGAAUCUUAAGAAUACUUAGCAGAAUAUGGUUAUGGAUUUUGGGCGAGAUUUUUAACUGCUUAUCCAGUUAGAUUACUUGAUGGAAAGAAUGCUCCAUAGUACUUCAUCUCUAGAUUGACAUCUAACUCAAACUAUGGAAAUAUUGCUAUGGGAGGUAGAACUUUAGCUAUUUGGUUAGGACAAGGAUUUUAUCAAUUCACAACAUGCGAUAAGAAAACUAAUAAUCCAAACGUUAUGUAAAAUAUCGAUUUUCAAAAUGAUAUUGAAGGUGUUUGCCAGGGUUUAAUGGUUUACUCAGUUAAAUCGUUUUCUCUGUAAAAAAUGAAGCCUUCUUGAUACUGAAGAUGAUUUUCAUAAUCACAUCUCUAAAACAAUUAUCCCAGUUCAUGAUUUGGAUGGAUAAUAUCAACAUGAAUUAGUUGAAGAUACUAUUUCAAGAAAAGUCAAUGAAAAUCCAAUUUAUGAUGAAUUAGGUGGUGGAGCUUAAAGUUUCCCAUAUGAAUAUGCAAUAAGUGGUUGGUUCAGAUGGGAAAAAACUUAAUAAGAAGUUUGGCAUAAUUUUUUCGAAGUUCAAAUAAGCAAACCAUCAACUGAUAAAUUCUUAGGUGACAGAACUCUUUCAUUCUGGAUUAGUACAGCUUAAGGUGGUAUAUUACAUUUCCCAACUUACACAUACACGAAUAUGAAUGGAGCUGGUGAUCCAAAUCUGGGUGGCAAUAUUUUUCACAGAGAUAGACAUUUGGAAUGGUUUUUUGUUUAUAUUGGAUACUCUAAAAUGAGAAAAAAGGAUUUGUUGGAGUGAAAUUCACAGGAGGCAUUGAGACAAUUGAAUACAAUAAUGUCAAUCAUUACUACACUCCUUAUUUCUACAGAUUCAUUGGCAAAGAUAAACAAAACCCAGGAUUUAAUGGUAAAAUUGGUUAUGUUAGCUUUGUUUUGGGAAGUGGUACUUUCAGAAAGACUCCUUUUUUUAAGCAUCUUAAAGAUAUUGUUGGAUUUGAAAAAGGAUAAUCAACUUUAGUAAUAAAGAGAGAUUAAAAGAAACGAUAACCUAUUACAGAUGAAACUGGUCAAUAAUAAUUUCCAAGUGCAUACAAUCAAAAUAGUCCUUAAAUGGUUGAAGAAUUCAGAUCUGAAGUUUCAUUUACUGAAUAUGGAUAUGGAUUUUGGGCAAAAUUUUUAACAGCAUAUCCUGUCAAAUUACCUAAUGGAAAGAAUGCUUCUUGGUAUUUUAUGGCAAGAUUGACAUAACAUGAAUAUUAUGAAAAUAUAAGAAUGGGAAACAGAAUCUUAACAAUCUUUUAAGGUUAAGGAUACUAUCAUUUCGCGACCAUUAAUAUCCAGACAGAUGAUCCUGUGAUUAGAAAUAUUAACUAUCCUGCUGAUAUUGAAGGUAUUUGGACACAUUUCUAUUUCUCUUACUCAAAUACAGGAAAGGCUGUUGCAAUUGUUAAAUUUGGUGAAUUGGAUCCAGUAUUAGCUGAAUUCCCUGUAAAACACCCAGAUUUGAAAUAUCUUAAAUUUAUUUUUGGAGGAAAAGAUUAAAAUAUAUAUCCAGGUUUCAAUGGAUAAUUUACUUAAGUAUUCUACUCAACAUCAGUUGGUGCUUUUAUUGAUUCCGUUGAUAGUUAUAAUAAAUUCCUUGCUGAUAAAACCUCUCCACUUAAAGGCGGAAAGGUUUCGCUCUCGACCACAAGAAUCAUUGAUUCCUAAAUUGAUAGAUAAGUUAACUCAGAUCCAUUCAAGACCACAGUAGAAACAAUCUUCCCUAAAGAAUAUGCAUUUUUUGGCUGGUUCAAAUGGACAAGACCUACUACAUUAUCACCUUGGCAUAAUCUUUUUAGAGUUUAAAUUAACACACCAUCCACAGACAAUGAUUUGGGAGAUCGAACUUUGGCUGGUUGGGUAGGAAAUGGAGGAAUAAUCUAUUUGGCAACAUACUCAUACAGAAAUAUGAAUGGAGAUGGAUUAAAUAAUUUACCAUAAGAAGCUUGA